AAGUGCUUGCGAAGUAGGAAGCUAACUGUUGCUUUACAUGUUCAAUAGCUGGAUGAAGAGAUGAUCAACGUUCAUUAAGAUGUCGACGUCAAUGCAUCCGCAAAACACCAUUAUACGUUAGGAAUCAACAGGGACAAUAUUUUCAGCAUUUGUAAAUUUUACUCUUACCAUGACAGAAACCGUGGCAGGAGGAGGGGCUCCACUUCCUCCAAAGAGACCAACGAUCAUCAGGCCAUCAACAAAUGCAUGUUCAAAUGGAAAGGAGCCCAAAAGACCAGUCCCAUCUCGCCCUGCUCCUGCCAGGCCUCCACCCUCCCCUAAAGGGGAAGGGGAUGGGGCGGCGAGACCAGUGCCGCCAGUACCUAGUAGACCUGCUCCCAAACCCAAUGAUGGAAGUGGUGAAUCCCGAAGACCAGCUGUGCCUCCACCAAGUGCCUCCAAAAUCCCUCCACGGCCAUCAGCAGAGAAGCCCACUAACUCAAAAGCAUCAGUUAAAAAACGGCCAGAGAUAACCAUUGUAAGUGCAAAGCCAAUGAGCCAAGUUGGAUUCCGUGAUGAAAAGCAAAAUCAAAAGCCAGAAGAGAAACCUGUGGACAGUUCUGUCUCCAGACCCCCUCCUCGACCUGUUACUUCAUCUGCCACAGCUGAGGAAGGAAGCAAUGCUCCAAUGAGACCACGACCUCCUCCCAAUCAGAUUCGACCACCACCUCCGAGCAAGUCCAGUGUGCCCUCUAUCUACCCAAAUCUGCUAGAUGAUGAUAGUGACCAGUGUGGCCUGCCUCCUCCGAUGCCGUUAUUCAACCCAUCAUCUGGUCCUCUGAAACAGGAGUCAGAGCAUCCACCUCCACCUCCACCCAGGACUGAUCUCCUGGGAGACACAUCUCUGUCCUCAUCUCACCCAGUGCCUUCUUCCAAGCCUCCUCCGCCCAUGAGGCCUGGUUCUGUCAGACACGAUGACAAACCCAUCAUACAAGCCCGAGGUGCCUCUGCUGAUCUGUCUCCGCCUGAAGUUGUUCCUCGAGGAGUUCCUGUUGUCCUUGCUUCCAGACCAAUAUUCAGUCAGUCUGAUGGUAGUGAGGAGGGAAGAUCCCUUCCUCCCAAGCCAGCUAAACCAACCAUUAUUAGACCAUCAAAACCACUUCCUAGUCCUCGAGAAGAAAAUAGAAGCAUUUCGUCGAAGCCAGUUUUACCGAAUAAACAUGCUGCUGAAGAGAGUGAUAAAGUUGAACAAUCUGUGAUACAAACAGACAGUAGCUUAACAAAUGAACCAGAGCCUCAAUAUGCAAAAAUUGAAAAACCUAAACCAAGACCAAAUAUUAUUGGACGACCUCAACGGGAUCCUAAUUUAAAUGAAAGUGAUACAGGUCAAGGGUUACCAUUUAAAGUUAAAUUAAGAUCAACUGUUGAAACUCCAAAGGAAUCUUCAGCCUAUGAACAUGAUGAGACAAGUCCACCUGUCCCACCGAAGCUGUAUGUGGAAGGUCGUCCACCAUCUCCAACGAAACCCAGACCAACAGUCCUGCCGAGACCUAAACCUUCACCUGACGUCGAGGAAAAGAAGAUAGUAAGUGAUGAUCAUAGAGAUGAUAUGGCACGGGCACCUCCACCAAAACCAACUACUAAGAGACCCACAAUAAUCCGACCACCUCCAAAACCCAAACGUUUGCAUGAAACAGAGGAGAUUGCAGAUGAGGACAGCAAAGAUAAAGAUGCUGAUGUGACGAUGAGAAACAUGCCCCCUGUUCCAGCCAAAAGGCCAAGCUCUGUUGAAGGGUUGUCUAGUGAUAUUGUUCACAAGGAACAGGAUGGAUCCACUUCACCAAGGCCAGUUCCUGCGAAGCGGCCUGUGUCCAUUGCUGCAAGAUUUGAACAGCAGGUAGAUAAUGAAAAACAACCUGUUCCUGUAAAAAAAAACCACUUCGAAAGAAACAUCUCCAAACAUGUUCCUCUGAAGCCGAGAGCCAAGCCAAGAUCUGUACCAAGUGAUAGUUCCUCUCCAGAUGAUAAGUCUCCCAGAGAUGCUCCUUCGGUUAGAGCUGCAGCUACUCCUGAAGACACACCUGCUGUUUCAAGACCUCCUCCUCCCAGAAGAACCUCUGAUAAUUCCAAUGAAGGUGUAUCCCGACCUCCCCCACCUCGUCCAUCAGGCAGACCCAUCUCCAUGAUGACAUCAAAGCCAGAAACAGCACAAGAUGAAGAUGAAUCUUCCAAGAUGCGCCCCCCAAGACCAUCAGGUAGACCAAUGUCAAUGAUAACACCAAAGAAGACUGAAGAAGUUUCUGCCAAUGUUGAGGAGGAGUCACCUAAGGGCAAACCACCACCUCGACCUUCUGGUAGACCAAUGCCUUCAAUGGGGAAGAAGAGCACAUCAGACGAGGCAUCUCAAGAAGAGGAAGAGGACUCACCCAAGGCCAAACCCCUCCGACCUUCAGGACCUCCUCAAAGGAGACAACCAGCUGAGGAAAAGGAUGGAAAGGUGGAGAUGAGGCCAUCACGUCCCCAGGGUGGUCCACCUCGACCGAUGUCCAUGCCAGCCAAACCACCACCUCCAACAGGUGGAUCACCACAAAAAAAGAAGCUGCCAGCUAAGCCCUCACCCCCCAAGGCUGGAGCUCGGACACCAGACCUCCCUUCUCGUCCUGGACCUGACCACAUCUUGUAUCACUACACUCUGUCGGUUCCGCACGCCAUCGCCAAUUUUGAUUAUGAAGCGUCACAUGCUGACGAAAUUUCAUUUAAGGCUGAGGAGGUGGUGAUGUUGGUGCGGCGUGUUGAUGCUGACUGGCUGGUGGGGAGAGUCGGGGCCAAGGAAGGGAUGUUCCCCGCAGGUUUUGUGGACAUUGUCCAUCCCCUACAUGACGAGCUAUCUGACUUUGCUAUCAAACCGGACUUGCCCUCAUGGGACAGUCCGGUGCCCGUGAAGAAGACAACGCCAAGUGUGACAUCAGGCCCUCGUUGUGUAGCACGGUUUGACUUUGACGGCGAAGGGAAGGAUGACCUGGUGUUUGAGGAGGAUGACGUCAUCCGCCUGGUGGGAAGGGUUGGAAGUGAGUGGCUACGAGGGGAACUCGGGGACCGAGUCGGAAUAUUCCCCAUUUCCUUCGUGGAGAUUGUUGAGGACCUUCCACUGGAUGAUACAGACAGCAAGUCACAGGAUGGUCACGCGACCGCGAUGUUUGACUUCGAUGGACAAGGCGAUGAACUGAGCUUCCAGGCUGGACAGAAGAUCCAGGUAAUCAGCCAAGUCAACACAGAGUGGCUGUACGGACAGAUGGAUGGACAGUCAGGGACGUUCCCCUCGGCCUUCAUAGACUAUAUACCAUCUGACCUUCCCCCGUAUCAACCAGCCAAUCAGAUUGGAGCACAGUCACAUGAUCCUUGGUCAGCCAGUCAAAUGAUGGAUAUUACACAUGAUGUAGAUGAUUAUAACCAGCCAAUGGCAGACCCAAGUUCAACGGUUACUGACCAAUCACAUCCCUACUGCAAGGCAAGCUUUGAUUAUGGAGGAGAACAAGAUGGCGACCUGAGUUUCAAGACAGGGGAGACAAUUCAGCUGCUGGAGAAGAUCGGAGGUGACUGGUUGAGGGGGCGAUGUCAUGGCAGGGAGGGCAUGUUCCCAGCAGCCUUUGUCACCAUAGAGAAGGAUCUACCUGAGGCUGAAGUUGAGCCAGCCAGUCAUAUACCAGAUGAAGCAAAGCCUCAGAUCCAGGCCAGAGCUUUAUAUGACUUCCAGGGAGAAUCAGAUCAGGAACUCUCCUUCAAGAUAGGUGACGUGAUUGUCCUUGGUGAGGAUGUGGCAGGGUCGCCAGACUGGCGGUAUGGUGACCUCGAUGGGAGGUCAGGGAUGUUUCCAGCAGCAUUUGUGGAGGUCAUCAGCUGAUGUUAGGCUUCACUCAGCGCUCCGUAUCACCUGCACACAUUCUCAACGUAUGUCUCAGAGGCCACUUUAUAUCUUUCUAUUUUCAUUUCUUUGUUUUGAUGCUGAGUGCAGCCAGUUCAACUGCAGUUUUUAGUAAUUUAAAAAAAUUUGUGGUUGACAUUUUCCUUUGUGCAUUGUAACAAAAUAUGCUGUCCUUGACCGUUUUUAGUUUUUGUAGUCAGUGAGAAAUAUGAUUCUUCCAUGCAUAUUCUUCUUUUGACCAUUGAGUCUGAGACCGAAGACCAAGUUUUAAUGGUAUAAUCACAGGGAAUUGUUUCUAGUGUCUAGUCCAGCUUGUUGAUGUGGUUGAAUUACGGAUAUCUCACUUCAAGGAAGCACAGAUGGACCAGGGUUUAAAGCUAGGUGUUUGCUAUGAAGAGUUGUGUCCCUUAUGCAUGCCAGGAUCCUGUGAUCACAAGGUCAAAUCUCAGAUCUCCCCAGGUAUAAUCUUUUGUUUGACAGAAUUAUACCUUGGCUGUUUUAUUUCACCAAAUUGGUCUGUGGCACAAAAUUGGACAGCCUUUUUAUCACACUAAGUUGAUAUAGACAUAGUUUUGUGUAUUGUGUAUGUAAAACUUUAUUUCACCUCAAUAGUUAAUGUUUGAUAUCAAUGAUGCAAUUUUCAUAUCAAUAAUCGUUGAUAAUUUAGCACAUCAACAAUAUUUCCGUUAAUCAAUCCUUUGGCCCUAGAAUUUAAAGAACCUUUUUGUUCUUGUUCCUGAAAAUAUCCUAACGUUUCAGAAAACAAGUAUCUACUGGACAAACUGGAUGUUCUGGAAUAUAAUGUUUUGUGUCAAAAGAAAAUUAUUUGCCUUCCGUUCAGGUAAUAUUAAAUGCGAGUUCAAUUGUAAUGUGGGGCGAUGGAGUAGCCCAGUGGUUAAGGCGUUCACUCAUCAUGCUGAAGACCUGGGUUUGAGUCCCACAUGGGUACAAUGUGUGAAGCCCACUUCUGGUGUCCCAUGCCAUGAUAUUGCUGGAGAAUUGCUAAAAGCAGCGGAAAACCCAACUCAAUCACACAAUUGUAAUGUGUAAGUCUUGAAUCUUGAAUUUGACCAAAGAGGAUCCUGGGACUGCAAAGGGAUGCAACUCUGUGCAGUGAUGUACUUUGUAAAAUUAAGACAUUUAUUCUCAGAUAUAAUGUCUUUUUAGUGUGCUUGGUCAUGAGAUAGUAGUUCAAGGUCAAGAUGUCAGUCGCCAUCUUGAGUACAACAUCACUCACCUAGUUGGGCAUUGAUUCAAACUAUAAUUUUCUGAUAUUUUAUCAUCAUAUUUUUAAUUUAUGAUUCUGGACAUUUAAUAUAUGACUUUUAUAUCAAUGCCACCUGAUACUUAUACCAGGUAUUCAGUUAUUUUGCAUGUUAUUUUAAUUGGUGUGGACUUUUGGGUUAUUUCUUGUUAAAUAUGGUGUUUGAAACUGAAGUGCAGAUUAUAUAAUUAUGAUGACAUGUGAGGUUAUCAGUACCUUAUUACGUCAGAUAACAUGCAUGCCUGAACCACAUUUGAAUUGUGAUACUUAUCAUUAUUUAUUCAACCUAAUGUACAGCACCUUGGAUUAUCGUGGCCGUGCUCCUACUUGGAUCUGCCUCCUGUCAUACUUGGUUUCAUGAAAUUUUCAAAAACAUAACAUAGGUUCAGUUUUAGAUGGUAAUCAUUUAUAUUUUGGCAUGGUCAUAUUUCUGUAAAAUAUGGUUUGUGGGGUUACAUGAAAAACGUUAACAAAAGUCUUGCCAAUUCAAGGGGCUUUUGCCAUGACAAAGACUUACCUCCUUACCAUACCCCAAAAAUAGUUAGCCUGAAAUUUGUUUUUUCAGACAUGUAUUACUGUGUUGGGACCGUUCAUACUUUAUGGCUAGGGGAGGGGUGGGGUCGAUGAUGAUUUUUAUGUAGAAUCUUGUACAAUGUGAAUGCCCCCCUAAA